UUAUAAUACGAAAGUUCCAUCAUUAUGCUUUAUCUGAAUAAAUUUGGAAGCUUAAUGCAGAAGAAGCUUUCUGACAUCACCAACUCCUCACACCACCUUCAAGAACAACAAAAACCACCAGAGGAUACUACUUCUUCUAAUUCUGCUGAUAAGGAUUGCAUUCAACAACUUCUAAAGGAAAGAAUGACUCUACUGAAGCUCCUAGCUGAGAAAAAUAAAAUAAUUGAAUGGACUAAAGCUGAGAUGCAGAUGUUAAGAGGCAAUGUUAAAAAACUGCAACUACAGAAUUGGAAUCUUGCUCAAUCAAACACACACAUGCUAGCGGCUGAAGCCUCUGGUAAGUCCCAAAUGGCCAUAGAAAAAAUGGUAGAAGGACGAUUACGCAAGUACUUUGAGGAAGUUGUGCUGAUGGAGCAAAAGUUUAUUGUGAAUGAUACAAUGAAUGCUAAGGUAUGUGAGGUUUCUCUAUGUUUAAUCAGGAUUGUUAAGAAAGUUGAGGCUAUGGUCACUUUAUGAUUUUGAUUGGUGAAAGAAACAAAAUCUACCCAUGCAUCUGUUUGGUCAGAAUCUAGUAUCCUCUUUUUU